GUCGCAUUGAAGUCUACUACAUUUUCAAUUAGCAUACAGUAAAUUGCAAGCAUCCAUUUACUAGCAGUUUCCCCAUUCUAUUCCUUAAUCUCACAAUGACCACCCUUCGAUAUUACAUCGUUGAUGUCUUCUCAUCCAUAGCCUACAAAGGCAAUCCACUCGCCGUGGUGGACAACAAGGCCGAUGCUCUCACAAAAUCACAAAUGCAACUGAUAGCCCGCCAAUUCAACCUAUCCGAAACGACAUUUAUCUGUGCCCCUACCGCUCCCAACGCAGAUCUACGCCUACGCUCAUUCCUGCCCAAUGGAGAGGAAGUCUUCGGAGCAGGUCAUAAUUCACUCGGCGCCUGGUGGUGGGCUGUCCAUUCGGGAACUCGCGAAGCACCACAGAAUCAUACUUCACGUAUCUAUCAUCAACAACUCGGCGAAGCUGUGUUACCCGUGGAGGUCUCUAGAUCGCCUAAAGGGGAUAUCAACAUAUCCAUGCGCCACGGUGAACCGCAAUUCCUGAACGAACAUGCCAAUAAAGCGUCAUUGGCAGAUUCCCUCGGGAUCGAAGCUACGGAUAUCGGACUCCAAAGUCCGUCGGGGACCACCCUGUUCGACGAAGCGCAGGUUGUAACGACCUCCCCAGCUCGACACCUGUUGGUCCCUCUGCGCAACAAAGAAGUUCUUGACCGGGUGACAUUCGCCAAUAAAGAACGUAUUGCGGAGGAGCUUGUUAGCACGGAGAGUCACAAUAGUGGCGUUUACGUCUUUACGGCUGUGAAAAGCGUGAAUGGAACUCCGAGAUUCGAGGCGAGAUUCUUUAGUCCCGGGAUGGGGAUGGAAGAUCCGGCUACUGGGUCUGCAGCGGGGCCUUUGGCGGCGUAUGUAUGGAAGAAUGCUAGGGAGCUGGUCUCUGCUCAAGAUGACGAAGGAUUGAAGGAUGUUGGUAUAGAGGUUGUGCAGGGGUUGAAGACUGGGAGAGAGUGUCUGAUGAAGGUGAUGAUUGGUCGUCCAGGGGCAGUUGGAAGUAUUGAGUUGUCGGGGACCGGUGUGUUGGUUGCUGAUGGUAAUAUUGUUGUGCCUUUAUCCGAUAUUGUUUUCUAGCAGAACUUGAUAGACAUUGGCACAGAUUGUGUGACAUGCCGAAAACCUAGCUUUCAUAACUUAAUCCAGUUCUUUCGCACACGAUUAG